UGCAUUUUGCCAAUCGACGUGACUGGUUGAUUAGAUCUCUUAAUCAGAUAGCCCGCUUGGGAUUGACUUGCCUUGCCUUGCCAUCGCAAGAAUCAAUUUGAUUUCCUUUUCUUUUUUUUUAUCUUAUAAGCUGCCUCCUAUGGACUUCGUGCAAGAGUUCUUCUCUCUUCUUCUCAAAGGAAUCUUCGGCCGUCUUAGCACUAUCUCUAGCACUACCUCCUGGCUCCUUGCUCGCUGAAAGUCUUUAGUGCUCGCUCCACAGAAGGGGAGUCGGUGAUACUCGUCUCACCAUGGCAUCUUCGGGUGUCGACUAUCCCGCCGGCCCGGCCCCCGCGUAUGCGGCUGGAAUCGGGAAUUCUUCCGAUGCGGAGAAGAUAGCUCUCGGUCGGCAGGAGAGCCGGAUCGAAUCCCUCGCCAUGGUCGGUGAGACGGACGAAACACAUCGCAAGUUGAAGGCUCGUCACAUCCAGUUAAUCGGCAUUGGCGGCACGAUCGGCACGGCUCUCUAUGUCCAGAUCGGCGAAGCUCUGCUGCAAGGUGGUCCGGGAAGUCUGUUCAUUGCUUUCUCGAUAUGGUGUACCGUCAUCCUCGCCGUGACCAUGAGUUUAGCAGAGAUGGUGUCGUACCUGCCCAUCUCCUCGCCGUUCAUCCGCUUCGCCGGUCGCUACGUGGACGAAUCCCUGGGUUUUGCUGCCGGUUGGAAUUUCUUCGUCUUCGAGGCUAUGCUUGUGCCAUUCGAAGUAACAGCAUGCAACCUCGUCAUCCAUUUUUGGAGUGAUAUCGUGCCGGCAGGUGCCAUAAUUGCAAUUGUCAUUGUGCUUUAUGCCCUGAUCAACCUUCUCGCCGUCGAGUGGUACGGGGAAUCGGAAUUCUGGGCUGCUCUCGGUAAAGUGUUACUUAUCGUCGGGUUGAUUAUAUUUACCUUCAUCGUUAUGCUUGGUGGAAAUCCUCUGCACGAUCGAUUCGGCUUUCGAUAUUGGUACGAGCCCGGAUCAUUCGCCGAAUAUUACACGACUGGCUCCCUCGGCCGUUUCCAAGGUUUCAUGCAAUGCUUUAUCCGGGCGGCUUUCACGAUUGCCGGCCCGGAUUAUGUCUCCAUGGCCGCCGGAGAGGCCGAAAACCCUCGCGUGGUGUUGCCCAAAGCUUUCAACGCCGUGUUCUAUCGCCUGACCACGUUCUUCAUGCUUGGAUCUUUAUGCGUGGGGAUCCUAGUUCCGUACAACGACGCCGAACUGACCCAGGCAUAUGAAAAUUCCGCUCCCGGAGCAGCAGCUUCGCCGUACGUUGUCGCGAUGAAUCGAUUGAACAUCCCAGUCCUACCGCACAUAGUCAACGCCAUGGUCUUGACCGCAGCCUUCUCCGCUGGCAACAGUUACGUAUACUGCGCGUCGAGAUCGCUCUACGGUCUCGCCCUCGAGGGUAAGGCGCCCAAAUUUUUCACCAGGUGCACGAAUAAGGGCGUUCCUAUCUACUGCGUGGCGUUGGUAUUGUUGAUAGCUUUGCUGGCGUUUCUCCAAGUAAGCGAGAACGCCGCCGUGGUGCUUAACUGGUUUGUAAGCUUGGUAACAGCAUCUCAACUCAUCAAUUUCAGCGUCAUGUGCGUUACCUACAUCUGGUUCCACCGCGCCUUGGAGGCGCAGGGCAUCAGUCGUGACUCCUUGCCUUACAAGGGGUUUUUACAGCCUUAUGCGGCUUAUUACGCUUUGUUCGCGACCUUUGUCAUGACCUUCAUAGGGGGCUACGCUGUUUUCCUACCUGGCGAGUGGGAUAUUGCAACUUUCUUGUUCUCUUACAUCAUGGUAGCGGUCUUCCCAGUUCUCUUCAUUGGCUGGAAGCUGGUUCACAAGACGCGCCAUCGUAGGCCGUACGAAGUAAAUUUGCUCAGAGACGUAGCCGCAAUUGAAGAUUACACCAACAAGUUCGUCCCGUCACCACCCAGGAACGCUUUUGAUAAAUGGUUCAAUUGGCUGUUUAGCUGAAAAGACGUAUCCUGUCGUAUGGGAAACCAUCUGAUGAAUAUCAGGUAAGGUAGGUACGCAAUAGACAUAGAAACGAUCUCGUAUCCUGUCGUUCAGGUAUAACCAAAUAAAACACAUCCUGCUAGGCAGCUACAAUUCACAAACUAUCUCUGCUGUGUCAUAUAUGUAAAUAUGCUUGGUGUAGAACUUUACUAAAU